GAUGCGUGGCGGAUACAAAGAGCCCAGUGAGCGGAGACGUCGCCGCUGAGGGAUGAUGGAGGGAGAGAAGGAGGGAGAUGGUACAGUUGGCUGCCGAGGAAACGAGGGCGGGGUUUUUCCCUCCAAGAUGAGGCAAAACUAAAAUACUGUGGAUUCGUCGGACAAACGUGUGGAGAAAGAAAGAGAGAGGGAGGGAGGAAAGAAGGUGGCGAUGAUGGCUCUUCUCUCUUGAUGUCAUCUCACCUCCCCCGUGAAGCUGUCAAGCUUUCCAUCCUGCGCCUUUAAUAAGCCGCAGCAGCUGUUUGUCUGCGUUUUUUUUUUUUUUUAUAUAUACAUACAUUUAAAACCCAUUUGCGCCUGGACCGAUCUCUAUACUGUGCAAUCAUCAUCAUCCACAUCACCAUCUAUAGCCAUGUCGGACUCGGAGGAUAUGACGGAGUUCGCCAGCAUCGUGGAGCGGAUCGAGCGGGGCGAGGUCCCGAUCAAGAACAUAGAGCGGGAGCUGAUCUGCCCCAUCUGCAAGGAGCUCUUCACCCACCCGCUGAUCCUGCCCUGCCAGCACAGCGUCUGCCACAAGUGUGUCAGGGAGCUGCUGAUGCUGAACCAUGACGACUCCUUCGACGCCGGCUCCGAGUGCUCCCUGCCGGGCAGCCCCAGGUCCAGGGUGCCCUCCCCCUCCAUGGAGAGGCUGGACAGGCUAGUGAGAUCAGCCUCAGUGCGAAGGUCGUUUGGAAGUCGAGGUAGACGGGGGCUCCGGGUUUUGAGUAGCUGUAGUAGUUCGAUCUCGUCCCCCGGGUGGCGCAGGGGGUCUGUGACUCCCAGGGUCACCACCAUCCCGUGCCCUGGCUGCCAGCAUGACAUCGACCUCGGCGAGCGGGGCAUCAGCAUGUUGUUCCGUAACUUCACCCUUGAGAGCAUCGUCGAGCGCUACCGGCAGGCCGCCCGCGCCGCCGUCGCCAUCAUGUGCAACAUCUGUAAACCUCCACAGCAGCAAGAAGCCACGAAGAGCUGCAUGGACUGCAAGGCCAGCUACUGCAAUGAGUGCUUCAAGAUUCACCAUCCCUGGGGCACGCCCAAAGCCCAGCAUGAAUACGUUGGUCCCACUACAAAUUUCAGGCCCAAGGUGCUCAUGUGUCCGGAGCAUGAGAUGGAGAAAGUGAACAUGUACUGCGAGGUCUGCAGACGGCCAGUGUGUCACUUGUGCAAGCUGGGAGGAUCCCACGCCAAUCACAAAGUCACCACCAUGAGCAGUGCCUACAAGAUCCUCAAGGAGAAGCUGGCCAAGAGUAUCCAUUACCUCAUCAGCAAAGAGGACCAGGUCAGGACUCAGAUUACUGAUCUUGAGCUGCUCAUCAAUCAGACUGAGGAAAAUGGCCAGCUAGCAGAGCGCCGAGCCAACGAGCACUUUGAACGUCUGUUUGAGACCCUGCAAGAGAGAAAGUCGGAGAUGCUGAGGUCCAUCGAACAGUCCCGGAGCCGACGCCUGGACCACCUCAAGGGCCAGGUGGAGGAGUACCAGGGGAUGCUGGAGAACAGCGGCCUGGUGGGCUAUGCUCAGGAGGUGCUGAAAGAAACCGAUCAGUCCUGUUUUGUACAAACUGCAAAGCAGCUGCAUGUCAGGAUCCAGAAAGCCACAGAGUCUCUGAGGACCUUCCACCCUGCAGCUGACCCCUGCUUCGAUGAGUUCGUUCUGGACACGUCCAGAGAAGAAACUCUGCUCAAAGAGAUGUGCUUUGGUGGAGUUCCAGACCCGCCUCUGAUUGACCUGUCCACUAGCAAAGUCUACAAUGAGGCCUCGAUCUGCUGGAGGCUGUCUGAUGACCAUCAGCCCACGGACCACCACGUACUGGAGUACCGCAGACUCGGGGGCCCAAGCCAGUCCCCGUCCCAGGAGGACGGUGAGGACAACGGGGUGUGGAGGUCCACAGACCGGGUGUACGGUCCCAGCGCUGUGGUGUGUGACCUGGAGCCCGACAGCCUGUACUCCUUUAGAGUCCGAAGCUGCAGGAACUCCAUGUUCAGCCCCUACAGCCCCGAGGUCACCUUCCACACACCACCUGCACCUGCUUUUGGUUUCCUGUUCAGCGACAAGUGCGGCUUCAGUACGGAGCGGCUCAUCCUGAACAAGCGGCGUGACACCGUGGAGAGCGUGGCGGGCAUGGCCUUCCUCCUCGCAGCCGAACGCGUGCAGACGGGCAGCUACGUCGGACUAGACUACAUAAUUGGGGACACGGGCAUCUCUCAGGGAAGACACUAUUGGGCCUUCAAGGUGGAGCCGUACUCCUACAUGGUUAAAGUUGGAGUGGCCUCCGACACAAAGCUGCUGGAGUGGUUUCACAAUCCCAGAGAUACCAGUAGUCCAAGGUACGACCACGACAGCGGCCAUGACAGCGGCAGCGAGGACGCGUGCUACGAGCUCUCCCAGCCCUUCACCCUCCUCACCCUGGGCAUGGGCAAACUCUUCAUCCCCAAGACUUCCACAUCGUCCUCCGUGUCCACGGUGAGCGCGCCCUCCGGUGACCCCGGCAACCGCAUGCUCCCCAUGCCACAGCGCCUGGGCGUGUGCCUCGAUUACGACGCGUGCCGGGUGUACUUCUACGACGCCGACACCAUGAGGUGCCUUUACGAGAGGCAGGUGGAUUGUUCGGGGACAAUGUAUCCAGCUUUCGGUCUCAUGGGCAGUGGCAAAGUUCAACUGGAAGAGUUCAUCGCUGCUAAGAGGCUGACCUUCUGAGGAGGGGGUGGGGGAGGGGUAUGCUGAUGUAUUAGGACCUGAAUCUGUUUAAUGUUUGGCUGCUCUGGAAAGAGCAGGUUUUAUUGACAGGGUGAUGGAAUACAAUCCAAUCCAUUUUUUUUUUUUUGAAGGUCGGAUAAAGCAGAUGUGUUCACGGUCCUAGAUCUCUCCCAGAGACUAUUUAGCUCAUUUAGAGUAGGCAUGUCUAAUGUAUGACCCACACUGAAUAUCAGUGUCCACAUACAGAGGGCUUCAGUGGCUGGUAUAGAUAAUGAAAGGUCUUCUCUACAUACCAAAGUCUCUGAAUCUCUUAACUGUAUUCGUCCUGGUUUUAAUUGCCAGCCGGGCAUGUCAGCUCUUGAUGUGUAAUUAGCUGCACAGUUAGUCUUGUUUUAACAUGAAACGCCUUUGAACUCACACUUACACUUCCUGUUUUGCCACGUUUGUGUUUAUGGACUAUUUUGUGUGUAUUUACUGGAUGGUCAUGGCUGUUUUCUGUAACUAUUUGUGUAUAUGUAGCAGCAUAGGUUUAGAUGUAAUCUUAGUGGACCUGAGAGAGCCUUGUAGCUACUUUGAAGCUAGCGCCUUUGUGCCUUUAUUUUUUUUGUUUUUUUUUGUUUUUUAGGAAAUGGGUCGCUUAGUUUGCAGACAGAUGUUGGUGUCAUUGCACAUUAUGGAUACACUAUGGAAAUACUUAUCAGCAUAAAUACUGUAUGUGGGAAUUUACUGUAGGCGUAGUUUGAUCACAAACACUGGUGUUAUUGGUGUUCAUCAUGACUUCUUGACUUUAUCACAGAAAACACUACUUUCCAACUAGUCACAGUUACGUUGAGACAUUUUUGCACAAUGAGAGACUCUUAGCACGUUGAUAGUUGUCACAACCAUCACACUUUUAUCACUACCUAGUUCGCCUCUUCACUUUAAACGUUGUCAACGUGCAGCCUGCACCGGUGUGUCGCAUUCACGCUCACUAACAAAUGUGAAUCCCGAUUAGUUACUUGGAUGUAAAAGCCUCUCGCUGUUUUCACUUUCACAUCUGUCGCACGGGACACAGUGACGUUCCACUUGAACCUGUCGAGGUACCAGAACACCGUGUACUUGUAGCCAACAUCCGAUCGACAGCUGCAAAGUCAAAGCCAUUUCGGUUCAGGUGCUGACUUCCAAAGCUCGUGGCCUCACCGCUUUUAAACUGUUGAAAAACAAAAAAGCAGUUAUUCAGGUUCCUACUAAAAAAAAGUGCUAUCACAUAACUCGCUGUUCAGUACCUAUGCUGUCAGAACCACUGUUUACUUGCAGCACAGACACAUCAAGUGUAGCACGUUGGCUCGUUACUGUUGUACAGUUCGGAUAUCAGACGGACGCCUAAGUGGUUGAUUGGCUUUGAGCGAAUCAGCUCAGACGUUUAAGUCUAAGAGAGCACACUGAACAGACUGUAUAGAGACACACUGUAUAUGUGCCUGCACAUGGGUUCGUUUGAGCAUUUAUGUAUAUUUUGAUUUCUGGAUGGUUAGGGUGCGCGUUUUCUCAGGUUUCCGGCCCUGACCAGGGCCCAAUGCUACCUACCUCUGUCCAUCAGGCCUGGAAAACCUUAACUACUGUACCUUUCCUUACAGAAACGAGUUUAGUUUGAUUUUCAGCUUUGUUUGUAACAGUCAGUUCAGUAUCGCAGCCUUCUCUUUAAUGUCAGAUAAUAAGCUGAUCGUCCAUGUUUGAUUUUAAAUUCCAUGUACAUAUUAAUUAAUCCAGAGUAUAUUAUUUUCAGUGAAAUAAAGUACAUCGUAAAUGUCCAUGUAAUUAGUUUGUGUUUGCUUGUGGAUCACUAUUAUUACUGUAAUCAGAUUUGAUAUUUUUAGCACCUCUGUCAGGGGAGUAUUUUUUUUUUUUUUUUUGCUUUUCUUCUUCCUUUUUGUGGUGUUGGUUUAAUUGGUCUCUUUGAAUGUUUUGGUUACAGAAUCUGGAACGCAUUGGAGUUUGAAACAUUUUAAUAAAUUGCUCUGACAUUUACCUGGAGAAGGAGAAGUCAUACAUUAAAAUGAAAUGUAUGAUUUGUGUGACAGCAUGCGUAGCUUGCCUCACAGAUGUUGUCGUCUGUUUUCUCUCCACUUCUCACGAACCUGAACCCUGACACCCGAAAAACACAGGAAGUGUUUUAAAAUGGAGCUUGUUAAACGUCGAUAAAACACAUCUAUGCAUUUAUGAAUCGGCAGGGCAGGUUCACAGUUUCAUCUCCAUGGCAGAAUGUAUUCUUGUUAAACACAGAACAAAUGACUGAAUGUUCUUUAAGAUGUUUUCUCCUCCCAGUUGAUUCUUUUUCACCUGACGUAACGGCACACUUGUAUGUAGUAAUCUAUUAUAAAAGGCUUGUAAUCUCAAUACCGUGGCUGAGUCUAAAUUAAAAUGCGUAACAUAGUCAGCUUUUCAGUAAUAACUCUAGAACCAAAUAUAUUGCAGGCUGGCUCUCAAUCUAAUCCCAAGCUUGCACUUUAAAAAUCUGCAGCAUGUCAGCAAAUGUUUGGCUCUGCAGGUGCGUACAAUACAUGUGUGCAAUAUUAAUAAGUAGGCUGUAGAGGACAUCGUAGAAGCGUAAGCCUGUGAAGACGAUUUGCACUGAAAAGAUUAUAGGUUACUUUGUGGUUUUAAAUGGGCUUGGUACAAAGUGAAUUUUAAACACUACUUGUAAAUGUUUGCCCCCCCUCAUAUAUAUUUUUUUUUCAGAACUUAAGGAGUAGCGGUGACAUUUGUCCCCUCGCUUUCUUCAGAGGUUUGACUGUGGCUUGUAAGUGAUGGAUUUCUGUAUGUGUACUAUGUAAAGAUGUGAAAUUGUUCUGAUUCCUUGAAAGGCUACAACGUUUUGAUUUGCUGUGUGGGGAUUUCUUCAAAUAAAACUAGUGUGUUUCUAAAUCUA